CGGAGUCUGGAUAUCUCUCACCGACAGCAUCUUUUUCCACCCGGAGAGAAGCAUCGGCUCCCGAGCGGAGCUUCCUCGGGCAGCCUCUGCCACCUCUGCAUGGCUGCAACCUGUCGAGUGGAGCGUAGAGGCCGCUGAGACCGGGUGCCCUACGACCCCCUGGCUGAUCCGGGACCCUGCUGCAGAGCGCACCCGGCGGGAACCCCGGCACAGCCAUGCUGGCCUGUCUGCAGAGGACCCAGAACCCUCCCGGCCAACACCUGGCCUGCCCAAGCAGGAGCCUGGAGCUGCGCAAGUGUGAGACGGUGGCCAGCUCCAUGCAUUCCUCCCGCUACCCGAGCCCGGCCGAGCUGGACGCCUACGCCGAGAAGGUGGCCAACAGCCCGCUGUCCAUCAAGAUCUUCCCCACCAACAUCCGGGUGCCGCAGCACAAGCACCUCAGCCGCACGGUCAACGGCUAYGACACCAGCGGCCAGCGCUACAGCCCCUACCCGCCGCACAGCAGCGGCUACCAGGGCCUGCUGGCCAUCGUCAAGGCCGCCGUGUCCUCCUCCAGCGGGGCCGCACCCGCCGGGCCGGCCAAGGGCGUGCUCAAGAGCGUAGAAGGCAAGCGGACCAAGCUGUCGCCUGCCACCGUGCAGGUGGGCAUUGCGCCCUACCCAGCCCCCAGCACUCUGGGGCCCCUCGCCUACCCCAAGCCCCCCGAGGCGCCUGCCCCGCCACCCAGCCUGCCCGCAGCGGCCACCACGGCCUCGGUGAUCCCCCUGCCCGGCCGCGGGCUGCCCCUGCCGCCCUCCAACCUGCCCUCCAUCCACAGCAUCCUCUACCAGCUCAACCAGCAGUGCCAGGCCCCCGGCGCUGCACCCGCCGCCUGUCAGGGUGUGGCCGUCCCCCACCCCAGCCCGGCCAAGCACGGCCCGGUGCCCAGCUUCCCCAGCAUGGCCUACUCGGCCACCGCGGGGCUGCCCGACUGCCGCAAGGGCGCCGAGCUGGGCCAGGGAGCCACGCCGGCCCUGACCCUGGCGGGGGCCACCAAGCCCGCAGGCUACGCCGACGGCGGCCUGGAUUACCUGCUGUGGCCCCAGAAGCCGCCCCCGCCGCCGCAGCCCCUGCGCGCCUACAGCAGCAGCAGCGCGGCGGCCAGCAAGUCCCCCGAGGCGUGCGGCGGGCGGGCCUACGAGGGGCUGCCCGCCGGCUUCGCCGUGGGCCAGUACUUUGCCGCCCCCUGGAACAGCGUGCUGGUGACCCCCACCAGCGACUGCUACAACCCGGCGGCCGCGGCGGCGGUGGCGGUGACUGAGCUGGGGCCCGGGACGGCGCGCGAGCUGGCGGGGCCCGCGGCCGACGGCCUCUCGGGCCUGCCCAGCAAGAGCGUGUGCAACACGUCGGUGCUGAGCAGCAGCCUGCAGUCCCUGGAGUACCUCAUCAACGACAUCCGGCCGCCCUGCAUCAAGGAGCAGAUGCUGGGCAAGGGCUACGAGACGGUGGCCGUGCCCCGGCUGCUCGACCACCAGCACGCGCACAUCCGCCUGCCCGUCUACAGAUAAGGCCGCCCGGCGCAUGCGCGGACUGACGGCCGGACGGGGCGGGACGCAGGCUGCAGUGGGCCAGGGGCGGGGUCAGGGGCCGGCCCUGCGCCCGCAGAGCCCGCGGGGAAGCCAGGCCCGCUGCCGCCUCGGUGCCGCGCGGGGAGAGGCAGGGUGACCUCGGAGGCCCCRCCCCAUCGGCUACCCCAGGACACCACGGGGAGGGUCCGGGAUGUCCAUGGCUCCCUCCACCCAGGCCGGCAGAGGCAGGGGGAGAGAAGCCACCUCAACGCAGGAAUGGUUCUUUCUGGGUCUCUAGAAGAGGGGCUCAGACCACCAGGGUGGGGUGCAGGAGGAAAUGGGGUGCUCCAGAGUCUCUUCCCACAGUCUCCCGGAAAAAGGAGCAAAGGGGGGCCUUUAGGAAGUCAUGGGGUCCAAAGGGUCCCCCUGYCAGUUGAUCCAGGUGAAGACCACUCGGACCCCAGAGUCCUACCGUCACCCCCACCUCAGUCCCUCCUCCCUCAGUCUCUUCCCCCCCCCAGAUUUCUUAAUAGAAUUGCAGCCCCCCCCCACACACACACACACCAUUCUCUGUACCCUGGACCCACAUCUACCCCCCUUCCCUCCAAUACAUCUUAUAGGGCUGCUGGGCACAGUUGUGCAACUGCGCACUGCACAGGGGACCUCCUUUGAGGACACCACCUGCAUCUUAGAUUUGUAUAUUUAUUACAAUUUUCUGCAUCCUGAGGAAGAGGCACCAUGGGGGCUGGCGAUGGGCCUGCAAGCUUAGACCCCACUCAGAGGGACCCCACUUACCUUCUUUGGAGGGGAGUUUCCUGGGAGCCAGCGAGGGGGCAGCCUACCGAUUGUAUUGGGAGACCCCAUCCGACUCCUUUCUGGCAGACUGGCCUCCAGGGCCUGGCCCCCUCCAUCAUGGGGGGAAGGGAGGCAGGGGUCCCCAACAAGUCCCCAAGGCCUGAAGUCCCACACGUCUCGGCCCUCCUGGCGCUCRGGCCCGGUACUGUAUCUCUCCAAGGCCUGUUCAAGCACUAAGUGCAUUUACGAAUCUCUGAGAAUGUUUUUUUUUUAUACUAAAAUUGACCAUUAUAUUCUACUGUGAGAAGUGCGCUCCGCACUAUAUUGUUUUAAAAAUGAAGAG